GCCACUAGGAUCCUCCUCCCAAAUCCGGAUCCUGCCCCCUAUCCCUUUCCCAAAGGAAGAGGAACACCCUGAUUGAUGAUUAACUCUCGGGUUUCCGCUGUCUCUGCUUCGGCUCGGUCGGGCCCAAUCGGGGCUUUCUCGGUAACGAUACAUACUUCCUUAGCGGAGUUCGGCGGCGGCUAAUCAGUUGUGUGAGGACGGAGGAGCGAAGCCUGCGAGAGCAGCCGCAGCAGCAGCAGCAGCCCCGGCCGCAAUAACCUUGGGGCUCUCGAUGGAGGCGGAGGAAGUAGCGGAGGUGGCCGCGUCGGCUGCAGUUAGCGACGAGUGGCAAGAGGUCGUGCAGAAGAGAAAGGCCUGGGCGAAAAGCAGGGACUCUUGGCAAGCCUCGGAAGCGGAGCGGCUCUCGCCAGAACUGGCCCCGGAGCCGGAGAUCGCCGGUGGAAAGUUGCCCUUGGCUGCUGAAGGAGGCAAUAUUCCAAAUGAAAAGAUUGCAAUAUGGCUGAAAGAUUGUAGAACACCGCUGGGAGCCUCCCUGGAUGAGCAGAACAACCCAACAUUAAAAGGCAUGCUGGUGAGAAAUGGAGGAAGUUUUGAAGAUGACUUAUCUCUGGGAGCCGAAGCUAAUCAACUGCAUCAAAGCAGUGAACCAAUGGAGAUCUGUAAUGGCAUGUUGGCGAAGGACAAGAGGCUUCAGUUUCAUCAGAAGGGCAGAAGUAUGAAUUCCACCGGCUCGGGGAAAAGCAGUGCAACCGUUUCAAGUGUUUCUGAACUACUAGAACUAUAUGAGGAAGAUCCCGAAGAGGUCCUCUACAAUCUUGGAUUUGGCCGUGAUGAACCAGACAUUGCUUCUAAAAUUCCACCAAGGUUUUUUAAUUCAUCGUCCUUUGCCAGGGGGAUCGAUAUCAAGGUUUUUCUGAAUGCCCAAUUGCAACGCAUGGAAGUGGAAAACCCCAAUUUUGCCUUGACAAGUCGCUUUCGUCAAAUUGAAGUGCUUACUACUGUGGCCAAUGCAUUCUCUUCCUUGUACUCCCAAGUUUCUGGCACUCCGCUGCAGAAAAUUGGGAGCAUGAAUUCGACCGCUUCCAGCAAAGAGGCCUCCAGCCCUCCUCCUCUAAUGCGAAGCAACACGGCGAGUCGUUUAAUGAAGACCUUAUCUAAACUCAAUCUUUGUGGGAAUCCGCAGACAGGGGAAGGUGGCAGCUGUGCAACAUCCUUAUCAGCUGAGAAGGGGAAAUCUGAACACGGGAGUGAAGAAGUUGAGGUUAAAAAUGAACCCAAAACUCCAAAACACUUCAAAGCGUCCCUGCUGGCUACAGUAAAAGAGGAAGUACCUAACAGUCAUCCCAGUAAUGUGGAGGUUCUUAAUUCUUCAGAACUUUCUGCUGGCACUAACGUUAAGCUGGCAACGCAAGACGACACGGUGCCUCACGGAGAUGAACAAAAUAGUGACCCUCUUGGUCAUUCAGAGGGACUCCACGGAAAAGCUGCUGUUACGAACUCUUCUGGUCUCGAGAGCGAUACGCUAGAAUCGACCAGCUGUGGGCUUGAAGGCAAUUCAGACCCCCCAAAUCAUCCUUCGGCACCAGAUAAAGAGCGCUGUGCUUCCAUAGCAAACCCAUCCAUUGUCAACCUCAUGCUGCAGCAGAAGGACUCCUUUGAGAUGGAAGAGAUUCAAAGCACAGAGGGAGAGAUUCCACAUGCUCUUAACACUGGCCAGCUGGCUUUAGCCAAAACUAAAAAAGACCAGCUAUUGCGAUCGGCAAGUCAGCAUUCUGACAGCAGCGGUUUUGCAGAGGAUUCUUCCACAGACUGCUUCUUGCUAAAUCAGCUGCAGGGACAUGAUUCGUUGCAGGCCAUGGGAAGCAGCGCUGACAGCUGUGACAGUGAGAUGACAGUGACGUCUUACAGUGAAGAACUCAAGACGCCCAUCGGCGAACGACCGCCGUACUUCAAUGAGCUUGAUGAGGAGAAAUUCCUCCUCUUAGAAAUGGAGCAACGGGAGAGGGAGAUGGUUUCGGAGGUUGACGCAGGAGGUGGCCAUGAUGUUCCAGGAGGCGGAGCUGGGCAGGCUCAAAGCAGAGAAGAUAAAGAACUUGGCAAAGGAGGUUUUGUUAACAAAACUGAAGAGGCCUUGUCUGAAGUGUUGGAGGAAGUCAGCGAAGAGAGUGAUGUAGAUAAAAGCAGCGAAUACGAAUUCCCGCCCUAUAAAACUCACCACAUUCUUAAGUCAAUGUCCUCUAUAGAAAGCAGCAGUUCAUCUCCUUCCUCCGUAGAGCGGGUCAGCAUUGCUUUGCAAAGAGCCCAAAGGAGGGUCAGUGGCUCAUCUGAUUCCAGAGCUGGUCGCUCCCUGCUCAAAUCGAAAGACUUUCUUCUCAAGCAAAGGCAUCGGCUCGCCGACCCGGGUUAUCCCCUGCGGCGCACGCAGUCCCUGCCAACCACAUUGCUAAACCCGGUGAGAGUGGUCUCAUCCGUCAAUGUCCAGCUAACUCCGGGGAAGCAAACUUUAUGUAGCCCCCCUUCUUUUACUUACAAGUACGACAGGCCUGAGGAGGUGGGGAAGGAGGAGAACGAAGGAGGCGGCGGAAAAGGAGGAGGAGGAGAAGAAGAAGAGAAAUCUGUCAGCAAGGUCCAUGACAGUCCCCCCACGUGUAAAUCCACCUUCUACAUUCCUCCCUCAUCCCUCAGAAAAGAACCUCCCCAGCCUGUGGUGAACAAAGUGGUGGACGAGCCAUGCCGAAGCAGAAUACAGAGCUGCCCUUUGCACCUCCCAGCACGGAUGUCUCAGUCGUCAUGUUCGCUGCACUCGCUACAUUCCGAAUGUCCGGACCUGCCCUUCUGCGCCCACAUGAGAACAUUUAGUACACAGAGCAUCCCGAACACCCCCGGGUCGUCUUGUAGCAGCUUGCCUUCAUGUUUUAGCUGCCCCCACUCACUGAGGCACACGGGGCACCCCCAACAGUUCCACACCACCAAUCCACCCUCCACGGUUGAAAUGCAGCUGAGGAGAGUCUUGCACGACAUCAGAAGCUCUUUGCAAAACCUCUCACAGAAUGCAAUGAUGAGAGGUCAUGACUUUACUACGUCUUCUUACAGUACUCCGAGAUCAUCCAUUCUACCUCUCUAUGAAAAUACCUUCCAAGAUCUUCAAAGCGUGAGAAGGAAUCUAAACCUUUUUAGAACACAAAUGAUGGAUCUGGAACUGGCCAUGUUGCGCCAGCAGACCACAGUUUAUCAGCACAUGACAGAAGAAGAGAGAUAUGAAGCUGAUCAACUCCAGACUCUGAGAAAAUCUGUCCGUAUGGAGCUUCAGGAAUUAGAAAUGCAGUUAGAGGAACGUCUCCUUACUCUCGAAGAACAGCUUAGGAAUAUGCAUGUAUCUUCACCUUUCAGGCAGCAAACGCUCAUGGGCAUGUAUGGAAGCAGAAGCACUGAUAACUUUUCAUGCCCUUCUCCACUGAACGUGAUGGAGCCAGUCUCUGAACUCAUCCGAGAACAAUCAUAUCUGAAAUCGGAGUUGGGCUUGGGACUGGGAGAACUUGAAAUGGGGAGUCCUCCAGCAGAGGGCUCAGAAUCGGUGUUUGAUCAUGGUGGAAAUUCCGAUUCCUCUUCAGUGUGUUCUAGUCAGGCCAGUAGAAAAGCCGGUGCACGUUCAUCUGAAAGGACGAGGCGGUCCAAGCCCCACAGCAAAAAAGUCUACCGAGCGUGUGUGGCAUUGACGCCCUCAGCACCGGCAAGACCAGGAACGGGGCAACUGCCAGAAUACUCUGAGGAGCACACAACAUCCCAGUCGGAGGUGGAACAGAAACUUGAAAAGAUUAAUCUUGCACCUGCGGCUGAAGACAUUCACAAGAGCGUGGAGAACGACGAACUGCAGCAAGUCAUCCGAGAGAUCAAAGAAUCCAUUGUUGGUGAAAUCAGACGAGAAAUUGUAAGCGGAUUGUUAGCAGCCGUCUCUGCCCCUAGCAGAUCUGCUAAUGCGAAGCAAGAAAUACUACCAUGAAUCGGUACAACAGGGUCCAGGGACACUGUGGAAUUCUCCUUUUGGAUCAUUUAGAUGGAAGUAUCUGUAGAGGAAAGAAGUGAUGGCUACUAUGUACAAUCCUUAGUUGUAUGCUGCAUAACUUCCCACUUCGGUUCCCUGUGCUAUGAACCGGAUGGUCUCCAUCUUACUACUGCCCAUGCAAUAUCAAUAGAACUAUGGUUAUCUUGCAAGCCUUAAUAUUUAUUUGUAUGUUCCUACUGUUCGUUUGUGCAUAGUUCUAUUUCUGUGUAGAGGUGUUCCUCAUAAGACUUGAAGAUUUCUGGACCUACCCCAGUUAUAAGUAGUCUAGGAUUGUUAUGUUUCAACAAGUACAAAAAAAAGCCACUGACCUCUGUGAGGUAUUUAUUAACUGUGCAAUAACUGAUUCACUCUGAGAGCUUGAAAUGCCGAUUUCCACUGCUGUUAUGGAGUGCCACUUCAAAAGAAGAGAAUCACCUGUUGUAAAAGUGGUUAACACUUGGGAGAAGCUAUUGUUUGCGGAGUGUUUAGAGAAGUACAUGAACUUGCUUAGAACUACUAAAGAUGCUUACACUGAAAGCCUUACCUUUUGCAGUAGAUACUUUUAAAAAAUAUAUUUUCUCUCCUUCUUUAAUCUUCCUGUUUUCUAUGGGGGUUAUGCUUUGUCUCUUUUUUUUAAAGCCUUAAUAUAUAAAUAUAUAUGAACUACAUCUUAAUUAUAUAAGGAGGUGGCCUUUUUCUCCUUUUAUAAAACAAGACUAUAAAACACUAGUUUAAAACAAACAAAUGUGGUGUAUAGCUUGAAAGUAGAUUGGGAUAGUAUUAUGAGAAAGUGGAAGACACUAUUCUCCCAAGUCUGCCAUUCUCUAAAAGUUUUAAUAUGGCCCAGGGGAAAUGUUAUUUAUCACAACUGAUAAAAUUGGAAGUAGGCAGAGUUCUUAAUGUGUGGCUUUUGUCUAUGGGAUGCUAAGACAGUUGAAGUAUAAUAAUGUCUGCCAAUGGGAUUCCUUACGUUUUAAUUACUUUUGUUUUCAACUAAAACAAUUUUAACAUUUUGUUGACAACAUAAUCAAUGACUAGCAAAACUGUAACAAUAUUGUAUGAGGAAAGUCUGUCAAAGAGUUGUAAGCUUGUCUGGGAAAUACACAAGGGCUGAUUUCUUUUUAAAAAGGGGCUAUUAUGCCAAUAAAAUUAUUUAU